GAUGAUGAGGAGGAUGAGGAGAACGAUAAUGGGUUUGAGACAUCAGAUGAGGAUGGUGAGAAUGGGGUGGAUAAUGACAAUGACGAGGAACAAGGGGAGGAUGAGGAGGACGAGGAAAACGAGGAGGAUGAGGAAAACGAGGUGGAUGAGCUGGAUGAGGAAAACGAGGUGGAUGAGCUGGAUGAGGAAAACGAGGAUGAGGAGGUCGAGGAAAAUGGGGACGAGGAUGAAUGUUCCCAACAACGCGAGGAGGACGACGACAACUACCAGGAAAGUGAGGACGAGGACGAGGAAGAUGAGGUAUUAAUGAAGAAGUCUAAAACCAAGUCCCCACCCCCAAACCCCAAAGGAAAAGAAGCUGUGGUGAAAACGAAAUGCAAAGGAGGGGAGGUGCAUACCAAAGAAAAAGCAGCUGCGAUUAAAUCAAAAGGAAAAGCAUCACCAAAAAAACGCAACACCUCUUUGCCAGAACCAGAAUCACAGCCUAUUAGUAAGAGGCUAAGGAAGAAAACUUAA